AUGGAUUACAUAAAAACUGACUUCACAAUGUCACUUUCCUACUUCAUCCUGAACGGUUUUCAACUGAACCCUGACUAUUACGACUGUAACGUGACAUCGAAACCAGUGGGACUCCGAAGGGAGUUCUGGGGCUCUUAUUUCUUCUGGACCGGUAUUCUCAUUUUUGUUCUCUACCUCAUAUGUUUUAUCGCAAUUGCCACACAUGACUUGAUGAAAACACCGGCUUACAAAAUUAUGUUCGUCCUCGGCGUAUACGAUCUGUCAUCUGUUUUCAUGGAUUCUAUAGUGACUGGAAUCCUGGGAUUUUCCGGCGUCGCAUUCUGUGAUUGCCCUCGAUUCAUAUUUGUAAUCGGUGCUAUUGGAUAUGGGUCAUGGAUGGGAUGCUGUAUCACUAGUUUAAUCCUAGCUGUCAUUCGAAUUUGUGAUGUUCGACCGAAAUUGAAAAUUCGAAAGUUAUACAAGGGUGGUAGAAUCUACAUUUUUGUUGGAUUAUGUUGGGUGUAUGGGCUGUGCGCAGCAUUAUUCACCAAGCCAGUCACAUUCUGUUCAAUGUACAUGUCCUGGUUUUUUGACCCUGGUGUCGGGAAAGAUCCAAAACUCUAUCGGAACAUCUUUCACUUCUCUAACAACUGUUCAAUGGCGAUUGGAACAGUGUCUCUAUACGGGUAUUUGGCAUACAUCUUCUUGAACAAAACUGGAGAUUUUAAUGUCACACAGUCCAGAUAUCAAACCAGGGUUCUCUUUCAAGCGUUCUUAUUUUGCAUUUUCCAUCUUAUCAGCUCAAUAAUGUACACCUAUAUGCAAUAUGUGUCAGCACCCGAGUUUUUGAUUCUUAUUGGACAAAUCGCUUGGCAAUUUGGUUCUGGCUCGGUUUGUAUGGUUUACUUGACGUUAAACCGAUCAAUACGAAAAGCUGUUUUUCAAAAGAUUCAUCCCCAGAUACUGGUCAAAGUUGGUUAG